GUUUCAUUCAUUAUUCGCACAGCAGCUGCACAGAGCGCAACGGUUUUCGCCUGCACUGGAUUAACUAAAAAUUCAUAAAUUAAUUCGUUAUAUGGAAGUUAAGAAUCUUGGUACUGGAAUAAUGUCGAAUGAAACAUUAAAAAAAUUACGCGCUUGGAUAGGUCUCGGUUUAUUGCUUCUACUUACACCGAUCGGUAUUACAAUUUCAGUAGCAAUAUAUCUUUACGACACUUUUGUAAGAAGUAAAAAGUGUAAAAAGAUUGCAGGCGAAGUGGCAGUGGUCACUGGCGCAGCAGGUGGUCUGGGUAAAUGCAUUGCUGCAGAGCUGGCCGCCGAAGGAUGUCAUAUUGCUAUAUGCGACAUCAAUCAGGAGCUCGCUGAGGAGACAGCAAAAGAAAUCGCCAUUAACUAUGGCGUCAAAGCAAAUGCCUACAAGGUGGACGUAACUAAAUACGAGGAAGUUGUGGAGCUCAAUGAAAAAGUAACGAAGGAUAUCGGUGCGGCCACAAUUCUGGUCAACAAUGCUGGCUUGUUACUACACUCGGAUCAGCUGAAUCCAACAGUGCGCGACAUAGAAAGGAUGGUAAAUGUCAAUUAUUUGUCGCAUUUUUGGACAAAUCGCGUCUUUCUGGAGAAUAUGAAGAAAGCCAAUAAAGGACAUAUUGUGGCCAUCGCUUCUAUAGCAGGCCUCGUCACAUUGCCAUACAGUGAACCUUACUGCAGUAGUAAAACCGCUGUACGCAGCCUAAUGCGUGUCUUACGCGCCGAACUGAAAGUUGAGAAUCUAACCAACAUUGAUGCAACAACGGUAUUCCCUAGCUUCCUGCACACUCAUGCGCGUGUCAAGCAAUUUGCCAUGGCCAGUGGUUAUGCCGAUUUAUAUCCACUAUUGGAUGGUGAAGAAGUUGCACAGCGAAUUGUAAAAGGCAUGUUGAAUCGUGAAGUGGAAAUUGCUGUGCCGGGAUUCUUUGCGCUCACCUAUCGUCUCCUUUCUCUUUUGCCUGCUCGCGCCCAAGAUUUGGUGACCUACAUGCCAAUGAAGAGAACGAACGCAUUUUAUGCUUUUGAAUCAAUCAAAGAAGAAUAAAUCGUACCUGCCUGCUGCUAAAUCAUUUACGUUAUUACUUUAUUUUGUGAUAUGUAUAAACUAAUUUAAUAAAUUUACAAUGCGUUGCAUUUUAUGUAAAUACAUACCUAUAAAAACGAAAAAAAAUACAUUCACGAAAAUUAAAAAAAAAA